CGAGGACUCACUUCAAUGAUCGUCCGAGGAUUGAAGGCUCAGUACUGCUAGAGACGGCGCGCGCGCAGAACGUCAUGCUUUCCGCGGCGAUUUUCCUAAUCGCGUGCUCGGCGGCCGCCGCCUUCGACCCGAAAACUUUUAACAUAACACUUUUAAAUCACGAAGUGCUACAAAGACUAACACCUAUACUAAAUUCAAAUAGAACUCUUACUGACAAAGAUUAUGCGUUACUUAAUAGGACUAUUCAAAAUUUGGGUGUCGAUAAAGACUUAGUGGCAAAGUGGACUGAUUUAGUAAGACGUAAUGGUACGGUUCCAAAGGAUGCUGUUACGAAAGUUGUUGAUGAUGUUAAAUCUUCUACUUAUGAUGCUUAUGGGGAUGAGAUAGGGAAUAGAGAUGGGUCAGUUAGGCAUGUGGAGGAGUCACCUGAUUACGCGUCUUCGGUGGUGUUGGCCAGCGAUCUGCUUUCUUUGACCAGUGCUGUUGCAAGUGUGAAAGAAACUGCUUGCAGAGAACAUGGUUACAAAUUCCUGGAUGGACUGAUCAUGAACAAGAGAUGGGCGUUGAAAAUGUUCGAUGCAUCAGCGAAAUCCCCUCAAGGUCUACUCUUCGGGUCUUCCUAUCACUUGGGCAACUUCGACGAGUGCGUGGCGAUUGAAGACCCAGGGUAUAAUGGAGUCACUAUUGAGGGGCAGUACUGCCUUGCAACUAUCAAGUGGAGGCAGAAACAUGAGACUAAUAAGACUCGAACAGGCCGAGGUGAAACUCUUCGUUGGGCCGUCUGCGUACCAAGCGCUUGUCACGCAAAGUCAGUGGCGAGUUUUGUGAGCAGCGUGCUAGCUCACACCGUCAGUAACACCACAGGCGUCGAGGUUACUGAGCGGGACUGUUACACUAGGAGGCCUCUUGCUAUUACUGCGUUGGAUGUCGGUUAUCUGUCACUGAUCCUGCUCUUCAUCACAAUCCUGUUCUUCGCCACACUCUACGAGACCUACAUGAUCUACUACGGGUCCAAGAAAGAGUCUAUCAUUUCCACCUUGAUCAUCUCCUUCUCCAUGAUCAACAAUAUGAAGAAGAUCAUCUCGACGAAGCAGCACAACUCCUUAGGCCUCGAGUGCAUCUCUGGCAUUAAGGCUUUGGCCAUGAUUUUCAUCAUAGCUGGUCAUGCUUGCAUGUUUAUCGCUAGUGGACCUGUUAUGGAUGCCGAUGCUUGGGAUCGGUUGGUGCGACAACCAGUAAAUGCCUUCAUGCUGAACAACACUUUGUUAGUGGACACGUUUCUGAUGCUCAGCGCUUUUCUGUUCUCAAGACUGAUGCUUGUUGAGUUGGAGAAAAGACGAGGCAAGCUCAAUGUGAUUCCGAUCUUAAUCUUUCGGUAUAUCAGAGUUACUCCAGCAUACUUGGUCGUGAUUUUGUUCUACAUGACUUGGUUACCUAAAAUGGGAGAAGGUCCUCUAUGGCAAGACAGGCUGCUUUUGGAACAAGAAAGAUGCAUGUCUUCCUGGUGGGCCAAUAUUCUGUAUAUCAAUAACUACGUCAAUGCUAAUAAAAUGUGUAUGUUCCAAUCCUGGUACCUCUCCGUGGACACCCAGUUGUUCUUCAUAGCACCCAUUUUCAUCUACAGUCUCUGGAGGUGGAGGAUAUUUGGCCCUGUUCUUCUAUCAGUAGCUGUCCUCAUCUCUUUGGUUGUUCCUGCAGUUAUCACCUAUCAGGAUAAACUGGAUCCCACUCUUUUGUUUUAUGCCAAAGAAUUCACCGACAUUAUUUCCAACUUUUACUUCAACGAAGCUUAUGUCAAGACACAUAUGAAGAUGAUAAUUUAUUUCAUGGGAAUUUUAACUGGAUAUGUCCUGCAUCGGAUUCAGACUGAAAACUACCAGUUCUCUUAUGUCCUAAAAACCUUAGCGUGGAUCAUCAGUCUCGUUCUUGGGACCGUCACCACCUUCUCCGUGACCAUUUUCUACCAGGAGUGGUACCAGUACAGCGCCCUUGAAGCCGCAGCGUACAUUUCUUUGCACAAACUUGCCUGGGGUAUCUGUAAUGGAUGGCUUAUCAUUGCCUGUGCUACUGGGAAUGGAGGUUUUAUUGGAAAAUUACUCACGUGGAAGUUCUUGGCUCCGUUCUCAAGAUUAACCUUCUGUGCUUACUUGGUGAAUGGCAUCGUUGAGUUGUACUACGUUGGAGAAUUGAGGCAUCCUCUACAUAUCACUUUCUUUACAGUUAUGGCGAAUGCGAUAUCUCACAUAGUGCUGACAUUCUUCCUUGCCCUAUUUCUAUGUUUGACCUUCGAGUCACCUCUUCAUGGUAUCGAGAAAAUCCUCCUUAGGAUGUUUGCUCGACCAGUCCUAAGUGACAAUGCAAGAAAGGACAUCUCAGCAGAAUCUUCGAGAAACACUAGUCAGUCUAAACUAGAUUCGUAGCUCAGUGUUAAAUUCUUAGUUCGAUAUUUUAAUUGAGAAUUACUAUGUGAUAUUUACAUAGGUAAUUCUUUUUUAAUUAGGUAGAUUGAGAUUUGUAUGAUACCCCGAAAUUGUAUUAACUGCUGUUAUGUCGCUAGUUGUAUAAUCAUCGGCACGAAUCUUGAGCGCUGACCUUCACCUGCGCUGAGGUAAUUUAUUUGUGGUAUGAAGUUGUGGUAUGAAUGAAGUGAGGCGCGGGGGCGGGCUAAAGCGGUGAUUGGCCCGCAGCGCAUCGCGUCAUAGCCGUCACUCGGGAUUGGUUCUUUGCUAAUAAAUCACUUCUGCGCUGGUGAAGGUCAGCGCUCAGGAUUCGUGCCGAUGAUUCUAAAACAAUAGAAAAUCAAUUUGUGUCUCACGUAUACAACGGGUUCAUGAAAAUAUCGAAAACGAUAAAAAACGAAAGAAAAAUGAAAGUACUAUUUGUAUUUAAAAGUUUUCGUAAUUAAAGACCCUCAAAGUAAAAGUUAUGUGUGCUUACGACAGAGUGAAUUUUGAUUGAAAAAAUCUUUUUUGUUUGGGAGAAGGUUUUAAAAUUGGAGUUUCAUAAUUGGGGUAUUGUACCAAGUACUGUGAACAAUAAUAGGCUCAAUUAUUUUAAGGUCAUAGGUAAAUCUGUAAAUAUUUUUAGGCAUAAGUAGGUGUAUUAUUAGAUUUAUACUUUUUUACGUUCAUAUUUAGGAAAAGAUAAUAUACAUAUUACCAUUUACAAUAUUCCCGCUCUGCGAUAAAUAUAAAAAAUAUGCCCUCAGUAUCACUAACCAGUAAAAAUAUUGCAAUAAAAAGUUAAUAAAAAUGUUUUACUUUUUCCCGAAAGUAUCAGGAAAUGGAGUGAAUUUUUUAUCACCAAAAAUUGUGAGAUCAUGACUGUGAAUUUUUGUAGCAAUCCAGAAUUUACUGUUCCCUUAUUUUGAGCUUUAAUUCCGAUGGUGUAUAGUUCAAAGUUCAUUGCAGGUUUAUUUAAAUAUAAGGCUUACAAGAAAUAUUUUGACAUUACCAAGUUAUGAAAUAAUUUGGUGGAAUUUAAGAGUUGUAUCGAAGAUGUGAUCUUUGAAAUGUAAUAAAAUGUAUUUUAAGUAGGUACUAUUAAAUGAACUGCUUUGUUUAUGGCUGAUUUUGUACAUAAUAUUUACGUCACAAAGAUGCAAUUUUUUACGACUCGACUUUAAAUUAAGUUUAAUGAAAUAAUUUCAUAUCUAUAUUCAAGACUACCUUUUUCUUAAAGAAAAUAUGUAAAAGACUUAAGGCUUAUAAAGAUUUUGAUAGUAUUUUGUGAAGGGACUAUUUCAAUGUCUAUUGCUCAAUCCUGUAUAUACUUUACUAUAAAAUGUCAUUUACCUCAAUGUAUACAAGAUUGUUUUAUAUAUUUUCAUAUUAAAAUACAUUAUUCCAAUUA